ACGAUCACUACGAGUCCCAUCAUUACAGCAACGACAACGACGGCGUCGACUUAAUUGACAUACCACUCUUUCUGCACGACACUCUUUCAGUAACCCAGCAUCGCUCACGCCUCCCUCUCUCAACCCUGCACAUAUAUUCUGGCAGUAGCUACUCCCAAAUGGCCCAUCGCAUAAUAACACAAGUUGUCUUCUCUGGCGCUCGCAUAAUAGGACGUGCCGUCGCCGAGUCCUACCGACAAGCCUCUGCAACCCAAAAGUAUGCCGCCGCCACCCAGAAAUCCGGCGGCAGCGCCUUCAGCUCCAACAACAUUACCAUGGACGAGGCCUGCAAGAUCCUGAACGUUGGGCCUUCUAAGAUGGGCCAGAUAGACAUGGAGUUCGUCACAGAGCGAUUUAAGAGGCUAUUCGAUUUGAAUGAACCCAAGAAGGGUGGAAGCUUCUACCUGCAAAGCAAGAUAUUACGGGCAAGAGAACGGAUCGAGAGAGAAGUCCAAGGAUUCCAAAGAAUGGCAGAGAGAGAGAAGGAAUUAUCUGAAGGGUUCAACCCAAAAAUCACCAAGGACUGAGAAGGUUUCUUGGCCGAACGGGGCAUUCGACUCUCCCUUUCCAUCGAUUCGUGUACCCUUCCGAUCAUUCGAUCCUUCCAUCCCGAAUAUAACACCUCGAACGCCCCGAAUCCGAAAUAAUUGCAUUCAAGAAUAAAGGCGUUGGGUUGUUGGCAUAAGCGUUUGGGAACGUCCUCCAAGGUUCCGAUCACAUAAAGUGGCGCCAUCUACUUGCGGGUCUACACAGUUGGGCAUAUGACCCCGUUGCGAUGUUUCUCCACUCUGUGAUGUAUAGAUACUUUUCCUUGUCUACCAGCAUUAUUGUUCUCUUAUACUACAGAGUCAUUGUCUCGUUUGCAACCAGCCACUCUGGCACUACAUUGGGACAUCAUCCAACCUACUUCUUUGUAAAUUUAUUGUCAUAGAUGCACCAAUUCAGGAAUUGUAACAAAGAGGCGAACAAACAAAUGAACAAACGAGUGCAAUU